AUGGGACAGCUCGACAGACAACUGGAGCAACUUAGACGAGGCGAAAUCAUCUCGGAACCAGAGGUCAAGGAACUCUGUGACAAAGCAAGGGAAAUCUUGUUGGAGGAGGGCAAUGUACAACGAGUCGAUGCACCAGUGACGAUUUGUGGCGAUAUUCAUGGCCAGUUUCACGACCUUCAAGAGUUGUUCCGAAUCGGUGGCGAAUGUCCAGAAACCAACUACUUAUUUAUGGGCGAUUUUGUGGAUCGUGGCCUCUAUUCAGUGGAAACCUUUUUGUUAUUACUAGCUCUCAAAGUACGAUAUCCUGAUCGCAUCACAUUGAUUCGAGGCAACCAUGAGAGUCGACAAAUCACCCAAGUAUACGGUUUCUAUGAGGAAUGCAUUCGAAAAUUUGGAUCAGCCAAUGUAUGGCGAUACUGUUGCGAGAUCUUCGAUUAUCUUAGCUUGGCUGCGAUUGUUGAUGACAAGAUACUUUGUGUACAUGGUGGUCUUUCUCCCAGCAUCAAUACAUUGGAUCAGAUUCGAACCAUUGAUAGGAAACAAGAAGUCCCACAUGAUGGUGCAAUGUGCGAUUUGCUGUGGUCGGACCCAGAUGACAUUGCAGGUUGGGGCUAUAGCCCACGAGGUGCUGGAUAUCUCUUUGGUGGAGACGUAGUUCAAACUUUCCUUCAUACAAAUGAUCUCCAAUUGAUUGCACGAGCGCACCAACUUGUCAUGGAAGGCUACAAGCUGAUGUUCAACGACACAGUGGUUACAGUAUGGUCUGCGCCAAACUAUUGUUACAGAUGCGGCAACAUUGCAGCCAUACUGAAGCUCGAUGAUAACCUGAAUCAAGAGUACAAGAUUUUUGAUGCAGCACCACAGCAGGAGAACAGGGGACCUGUGCCAGCGAAAGCCCUUCCCGAUUACUUUUUAUAA